AUGUCAUCUUUAUCUAAAUUGGUUAGUAAACCUUUGUCAACAACUCGUGAGUCAUCAUCUAAUAAAGUAACCGAUAUCUCUAAAUCAUCUUCCACAAAUUUAAAUACAAAAUCUGAUUCGGCUUCUAAUAUUAGUCGUACCAUGGGGACUACCGUGGAAAAUAUAACAGAAAAGCAAGAGGAAGAAAUAAACACAGAUGAUAUUGAUGAAAAUGAUGAUGCUGGUCAGAGUAUUUUACUCAAUAUCAUCUCCCAAUUAAGACCCGGUUCAGAUUUAUCUCGAAUUACCUUACCAACUUUUAUUUUAGAGAAAAAGUCCAUGUUAGAACGUAUCACAAAUCAAUUGCAAUUCCCAGAUAUCUUAUUAGAUGCACAUAAUGGACCAGAUCCUUUAUCUAGAUUUUUUCAGAUCGUGAAAUGGUAUAUGUCUGGGUGGCAUAUUGCUCCAAAGGCUGUUAAGAAACCGUUAAAUCCAAUCUUGGGUGAAUAUUUCACUGCAUAUUGGGAUUUACCAAAUAAACAACAGGCAUUUUAUAUCGCUGAACAAACAAGUCAUCAUCCACCUGAAUCUGCAUACUUUUAUAUGAUCCCAGAGUCUCAUAUUCGGGUGGAUGGUGUGGUUAUUCCUAAAUCUAGAUUCCUAGGAAAUUCAUCUGCUGCUAUGAUGGAAGGGUUGACGGUGGUAACUUUUUUGGACAUUAUUGAUGAGACUACAGGAAAACCAGAAAAAUACACUUUGACACAGCCAAAUAUGUAUGCUAGAGGUAUUCUUUUCGGUAAGAUGAGAUUCGAAUUGGGUGAUCAUAUGAUUAUAAAGUCUUCUAAAUAUGAAGCAAAUAUUGAAUUCAAAACAAAGGGAUUUAUUGGCGGUACCUAUGAUGCCGUUCAGGGGACAAUUCGUGAGAUCAAUGGAAAAUCCUUAUAUGAAAUCACAGGGAAAUGGAAUGAUGUUAUGUAUUAUAAAGAUUUACGUAAUAAAUUAAGCUCAAAGAAUCAAAUCCUUUUUGACACACAUACUUGUCAUCCAGUUAGACCAAAAGUACGUCCUUUAGAAGAACAAGGACAAUAUGAGUCUAGAAGAUUAUGGAAAAAAGUGACAGAUGCACUAGCUAAACGUGAUCAUAAAGUAGCUACUGAAGAAAAAUUCCAGAUUGAAGAUUAUCAAAGAAGAUUGGCUAAGAAACGAGUAGAAGACGGUGUUGAGUGGUAUCCUAAAUUAUUUAGAAAAGUUAAACCAGGUUCAGAUUUGGAUUAUUAUAUAUAUAAAAAUAUCCCAGAUGGUGUAGAUAAUGUGGAAGAACAAAUUAAAAGUAUCUUAGAGAUUGCACCAAUCUUGCCGGGACAAAAAUUCACACAAAGAUUUUCUAUACCAGCCUACAAGAAACAUGAAUUACAAAAUCAAUCAAAAUCAUAA